GAAAUGGAGAGCCAGGGCAAAACCAUGAUCAAUGACAUUGGUGGGUUUGAAGGAUUGGAGAGUACAAACGUUGAUGAUCAUGAGAAGGAAGUGACCAGAGUGGAUAAUAACAAGAUGAGAACAACAAGAACAAUAUUAUUAUCUGAGUUUGUACCAAGGGUUUUGGCAUUUGCCCUAACUUUCUCAGCUGCUGUGAUCCUUGGAGUGAAUAAGCAGACCAAAGUUGUUCCUGUUAAGGUUUUCGACACUCUCCCACCUCUUAGUGUUCCUGUUUCUGCAAAGUGGCACUACUUAUCUGCCUUUAUGUACUUUGUGGUGGCAAAUGCAAUAGCAUGUUCAUACGCGGUGCUCUCUCUAGUCCUCUCGCUCGAGAACGGCGGUGGCAGCAACAGCAGCUCCGGGCUUAUCAUCACUGUCGUCGACGUGGUGAUGACGGGGCUACUCUUCUCUGCAAAUGGCGCUGCCGCCUCCGUCGGCUUGAUAGGCUACGAGGGGAAUUCACACGUGCAAUGGAGGAAGGUAUGCAAUGUUUUCCACAAGUUUUGUGUUCAAGGAGCUGCUGCUCUCGUCAUUUCCCUGUUGGGAGCCGUAGCCUUUCUCUUGCUCGUUGUGCUCUCCGUCAAACGCCUCCACAAAAACUAGUACUCAUCAUCCACUGCACGUGUGAACUCCCCUCGUUGCUUUGUUAUCUUAAAAUUUGUAGAAAUUCGAAUGUUAGUGUUUAUGAAUAUUGUAAAUGAAUGAUUCGA